AUGGCUUCCUCCAAAACCGAGCUCGACUAUCGCAUUUCGGAUGAUCUCGGCUACGGCCUUGGUAGCGGAACCGCAGCAGCAUUCCGACUCAAUGGGAUAUUUCACUUCUGGAAAGAGCACCUCGGCUUCAACAUCCACCCGACCAUCCGAGAGUCCCUGCAGACAACCAAUCCCCGCAUCGCAGAUGUAGCCACAGGCACAGCUAUCUGGCUCAUAGACCUGGCGAAAGAGCUUCCGGGUGCGACCCUUGACGGCCUCGAUGUCACACUCGACAUGGCGCCUCCAGUGGAGUGGCUCCCAUCUAACAUCACCUUGCGCCAAUGGAACAUAUUCGAAGAUUUACCCGAAGAGCUGGUGGGACAAUUUGAUCUUGUGCAUCUGCGAUUACUCCUACCAGUCAUCCAGAAUGGGGACCCCUCGUCCAUAAUCCAGAAGAUCAUCCGCAUGCUAAAGCCCGGAGGAUGGAUUCAAUGGGAUGACCUGAACAUUCGAGAGGCCAAGAUCUUCAAAGCCAGGCCUGAACUCAAAACCGAAGCAUUGGAAUAUCUCUCUCGGUUCUGGAAUACAGGCGAACGGCAGGACUGGAUAGGUCGUCUUCCGCAGAGAUUUGAACAAGAGGGACUGGAAAGGACGGGUAUUGAUCGAUAUGAAAACUUGAAGCAAUAUCUAAAGGCCGACUGCGAGGGGUAUAUCGUGACUUGCGAAGAAACUGCCCGAACACUUGCUAGGAAAGGAAAGGUCGAUGAGGCAAGGGAAUUCUCGCAGAUCGUCCACCAAGCAUCGCUGGAAGCUGCAGCUGGCGCUGCCGUGGUGGCUACUAGGGUCGUUUGCAUCGGGCAAAAGCCGGUGGAGCCGUGA